AUGCAUGAAGACAUCAUUGAGCGGAUGCGCGCGAGAAAUGAUGUCCCUAGCACCCAGGAAGCAAACAGCCCCGAGCACCUCGAGCCCCCUUUACCUUUAACGCCGAUAAGUUUGCACUCAGAUGUUCUCGCCCGCAGUCUGCCUGUACCAGCCACUGACCCACCUAAGGCGGCUCCUGUCAUCUCACAAACACAUCCAUGCGCGAAACUCUCGCCAGAAGAUCAUAUCUGGGAAGAGAAAGCAUGUAAAGGCAUCGCUCACAAGGGGCUGAGCUUGGACAAAGUGUGGGAUAAAAAGACUUGGAAGCAGAAAGCCAACAACAUCGAACGAUUGAAGUUGCUAAAGGACGAUGGGUACGACAUCAAAUCUCUACAGGCCCCAAAGACAUCCGCAGAUGCAAUAAUCGAGGCUCUACUGGCUCACGUCAAAGUACGGAAGGAGAAGAAUCUGGAUCUUGCAGCUUCUACAGUACUACAGUCAACUCCCAGUGUGGAGGUAUCAGAAGUACCAGAAGUGCCAGAAGUGCCAGAAGUAUCAGAAGUAAGGAAAGAAGAUAGCUACAACCCCACUCUAGCGAAGGAUGACGACACAUCGAAUACGGAGCCCGAGGCAACUGCAGACCAUGUUCCAUCGGGCGUCGCACCCCAAGGCGUUCCGGGGUUGGCCGACGUUGAACCAGAAUCGCACUCAUAUAUUCCACCCCCCGUUGCAGGCCUGAAACGCAAGCAUACCCACGAGGAUGAAAACCAGCCUGAUUGGCACCAAGACAACCCACAAAAGGAACUUCACGAAGCCUACAACACAGCAAACUCCAACACUCUCAUCGAUUCGCCGUGCACCUGCAGAAACGCUAAAAUGGCGCGAAUGAUGACGAGGGAAGAUUUUGCCAACGCCUUCGCACAGCAAGCUGCGUUCAUAUACAGUCAAAAGAUUGGUCGUGACAUCUUCCGCUACACUAGAGAGAUGAGAAGGAUAUUUCAGGACCCAAUGUCGAAAGAAUCCUUCGACAUUUGUAUGGCGUCGUGGAGACCCUCACGGAUCAUUUUCCAGUCGCCACCAUCGGCCGCUCGUCAGUUCUGCGAGCCGCAUGUGUAUAUCAGCGCGCAAGGUAUCAAGCUGAUGAUGUGGGAGCUUUCGCACAUCGCUUACGAUCCUCAUGAAGAUGGUACCUGGUGCAUCGCAGAUCCCGACGAAAUUGAAGAUCGAAAGGGCGAUGGAUUGAUGGAAGCAUGCAAUCCAGUAAAGGACGAAUUUCGAUAUAAGAUCCGCAUUUUCGAAACUCCAACUUUCCCUAUGAUUAUGGAAGGAGAGACCAUGGCACUGGUUGGACUACUGAGACGUCUUCGUAAGAGCGGUAUCAGCUACUACCACAAAGGACAGUAUGAUCCGCAACGGAUGGAGGUGGUCCCGUAUGACAAUGAAACCAGGCAGCUAAGUGAUGCCACCCAGUCUGCUUUAGAGGAGGCGGCAAAGAUAUUAGAGGCAGGACAAGCCCUUGGUGGCAUCGAUGUUCAUAUUGGGUUUCUGGAUAACUCGGACUACCUAGAUGAUUUGUUCUAG